UAAACUUUUAGCCAAGAAAGAUCAGCUGGGAGAGAAAUUCGAGUGCGUAUGUUGUCAGAGCGCGAUGUUUGUAAUUGAGGAUAUGUUGGAGCGAAAAAAAGUCAUGGCGUCAAAUGGUGUGAGCACUGGUGAAAAGCUGCUAGCAUUAAUUGAUGAUAUAGAAUUAAUUUCAAAGGAAUUAAUUGAGAACACCAUUGCACAAAAACAUCAGAAACUAUCAAGCUCUGAGCAUUUAUUAAUUACUGAGUUAUUGGUGGCCAAGGAUAGUGAACUGAAAGAGGCUCUUAAAUUGGCAAGAGAACAAGCCAAAAUUAACCACAAGAUGGAAGCUUUGAAAGGGGAAGUUGAAAGACAAGACCAGUACAUUCAGCAGCUGCAGCGGCAAUUGAAAGAAGCAGAACAAAUCCUUGCAACUGCUAUCUAUCAAGCUAAACAAAAACUUCAAUCCAUCGCAAGAGCCAACAAGCGACCAGUACCUUCAGAAGACUUAAUCAAGUUUGCUCAUAGAAUUAGUGCAUCUAAUGCUGUGUGCGCUCCACUGACAUGGCAACAAGGUGAUCCUAGGCGACCAUAUCCUACAGAUAUUGAGAUGCGUCUGGGAUGCCUUGGUCGUUUGAGUGAUCUCCCAAUAAAUGGUCAUCUUUUGCAGCAACAGAACAGUCUCUCUGAUCUACACAGGACGGGCCAUCCACCUGGAUCAGAGCUUCCUGCAUCCCAGCAGAACCAAUUUGCAUGGCAUCCAUCCGGUGAAAUCCACAUGACAGUUGGGGGACAAGGGAGUGUUUCUAUGGAUACCAGGAAUCACACUACAGAGGAUGUAGAAGUGAUGUCAACAGACUCCAGCAGCAGCUCCUCAAGUGACUCCCAGUGAUAGAUUUGCAAGAUACAAAUAAUCACUUAGUUAUGUGUUUUGUUUAAAGGAGAAAAGUGUCAAAUGUGCUGAAGUGAUUUGUAUUGAAUUCAGAGACCAGAUUCAGUGAGUGUUACAAAGGAUAAGUUAAUAUUCAUUUCUGCUUAUUUAAUUUGUGUUAAUAAAGUAUAUUGAACAUUAUUUUGAAUUUGGAUUCAUUGUUAUAACUAGUUUAGUUUCUUCAUUUUAUAAAAUAAUUGGCAGACUGUCUCGCUGCAUGGAAUGCAUUUUAUAACUGACAAGUUCUUAUAAAAAUUGAUAUUACAUUCUUGCCUUUGAAAGCCAUUCUACGUCAGUACCUUGUAUGUGUCUAUGGAGACAAAGACAAAAUGGUAGUGACAUUAUUGUAAUUUAACGUGAAACCUUUUUAGUGUUGUCUGAUGAUGUUUCAUCAUAAACUGUUUGAAUUUUUCAAAUAAAUUUUGGUGUAGAGUGUCAAUUUAUAAUACAUAAACAGUGAUUAAGUUUGUUACAAAUUUGUUAGGUACAGGAACAAAGGUUUUAUAAACAUGAGGACCUUCCCAAUUUUGUCCACUUCUAAUAACACUAUUAGAUAUGAUUAAAUAAAAAAAGUAAAUUAUGUAUUGGAGAAAGUGAGAAAUAAAGACAAUAGUUUGAUGAAA